CAACUUCGCGGUCUGGUGUGAUUUGCUGGUUCUGAAGACGGUUCUCCUGCUUGUUCUUCUCCUGGUUCUCUUGCAUUUGAGUAUCAUCUGCUGCUGCACCCAACAUCGAACACUACACAAACAUAUCUAAACACAUUUACGUGUAUAUUCCAGCACACACACACACACACACACACACACACACAGACUCUCACACCGCUGCUCAGUGGUUUUCCUGCUGCUAAGGUAAGUUGAAUCAUCAAUAUCAGUGGAUUCACUGGUUUCGCAGGUUUAAUAUCAUUAAUCGUCACUGGUCAUUGACUGUGGUGUCUUUGUUGAACUAAUUGGGUUUUUUCUGUUCUUCAGAUGCCGAGAGCCCGGGGUCAUCGGCGUGCUAAGGCGGCGAGACGCAGGCUGGCGCAGCCCCAGGACUGGAGUCCUGCACCUGCUGUUCCGGAGUUUGUGGCCCGGCGUGGCACAGGCUUUCGGCACCGUGUGCGGAGAUGGCCAACUUCUGUCCUGACUGGGAAGUCCCGCAAGUUGGUCACUCCUGCCCGGGAUCCGGAGAAGAAGAUGGUGUUCGUCGUUGGAGACUCGCACCUGAGGGCCAUGGUGGACGGGUAUGUAGCUGUGCCCGAGGGACCUCUGUGCUUCUCCUAUCUGUGUGUUCCAGGUGCAGGGGGCUCCCAGCUGAGGACGGAGCUCCUGCAUGCUGACCUGCCCUGGACCCCAGAUGCUGUGUGUGUGUGCGCCCCCAGCAACGACCUUGUGUCCCGGACUGUGGACAGUGCAGGUCUCGACUUCAGUGCUCUCUUGACCACGGCCUGCAGCUUCUGGCCCAAGGUGUUCGUGCUGGACUUCCCUCCACGCCUGAACAUUGAGCCUGGCCUUCAGGAGCUGCUGCGUCAGGAAUACCAUCGUGUCGCAGCACGUAUGGGUGUCCCGUACGUGUCUGUGGCAGAGCACUUUCCCCUGCACCGGUUGGAGCUGUGGUGCCCUGACCAGGUGCACUUGAGUGACUCGCAUGGGAUGGAGGUUUUGGUCCAGCUGCUGUGGGAGGCUGCUUUCCAGCAGCUGGUGCCUCCUCCAUCCCAGGCACCGGUGCGUCCCCCUGCGCCAAAGCGUGCCAGGGUUGCUCCCAGGCUGGUGGUGACGGGACACGUCCCCGUGCCCCGUCACAGGAACCCCUGGGAGUGGAGUGUGGUUGGACAGGGGGGCAAGGCUGCACGCCCGGCGGAGGGAUCCUCUGCGAUCCCUCCCAACCCGGUGUGGUUCAGGGGGCCCAUGUUGGACGCCAUGGAGAAGGUGUCCCCUUCUUCUGGCUCUGACGGCGGCCCUGCUGUCCCGCCAGCUGGCCAGACCUCCCGUGUGGUGCGUCGGCCAGCAGGUGUUGGCAGGAGGCACAGGGGGGGAAGGCAGAAGGUGUUGGCAACUCCUUCACCUGCUUGUGAGCCCAUGUCUGCUUCUUGCCCCAGCCCACCAGUCCCCCAGGUGGAAGCACCAACCCAGGAGGUGGUGGAGGAGGUGUUGCCCCCGACUGCAGGCCCGGUUCCAGCGGCGGUCGGGGAGGAGGUUCCUGCAGCGUGCCCUGCUGUGCCGACGGAGCGACGCCUCAUCCCCGAAGCUAAGUGUGCCGUUCUUGAGAGUUCCGGGUCAGGCCAGUCAGGGGUUCGUGUGAGCGCAGCGAGGCCAGCAGCAGUGGUUGAUGUCAGGACUGGGAUCAGGCUUCUGAAGGCUGUGCAGGGAUCCUUCCAUCAGGGCAGCUCGAGGUUUAUCGAUGGUGGGCAGCAGUGCAUGGCGAUCGCGGGGUUGAGCUUAGCCAGACACACUUUGAGCAGUGUGUUCUCGUGGGGGAGGCAGGAGCUUGAUGAUGCUUUGGUUUCGGGUGAUUGUUUCUACAAGUGGGUCAUGAGCCGCCCUGGCUUCAAGCCUUGGUCAUCUUAUCUGUCUGUGACUGACCUGCCAGAUCAGAUCAAGGUGGAUGGUCAGGUGCUGAAAUUUACUAUUGGCUUCACUGCGUCAGGUUGUAUGCACAUGUCUGAAGGUGAUUACACGUCUGAAGGUGCCUGCGUUGAUAACAGUGUGUUGUACACUCUGCCGGAUGGACUAAAGGAGGUCUUUGUUAAACGUGGACACAGUGCAUGUCUGCUUACAAUGUGUUCCAACACGUCUGCCAUCAUCUUCGAGGACGGACGUUUUGCUGUGGUGGACAGCCAUCCACGGAGUGGUGUUGGCUUGUUUGACCCCAGAGGCACCAGCGUGCUUCUGCAGUUUACAAGUUUUGAGGACCUGGAACACUACAUCUCUCAGUUGUUUGACAGCCUAAGUUCAGGGUCAGGCCAGCCGUACUUUGAGCUGUGUGGCAUUCAUAUUGGUGGGGGUGCAGGUCCAGCCCUGUCUGUUGGUCCUCUGGUGAGUCACGUCGCUGAGACGAGUUCUGCUCCAGCACCACAGUCUCCUGAGGCAUCUGAGAGCAAAUCACCGGCUGAGGCUCCUGCAGGCUCUUGUGUGUCUGAGAGUGAUGUUGGUGUUGCUGCCAGUCCAGCACUGUCUGGUGUUUCUGUGGAGAGUCACGUCACUGUGAUGAGUUCUUCUCCACCACCACAGUCCCCUGAGAUCACCGAGUCCAGGACUGUGGCUGAGGCUCCUGUAGGUACUUGUGUCUUUGAGAGUGAUGUUGCUGCCAGUCCAGCACUGUCUGAAGUUUCUGUGGAGAGUCACGUCACUGAGAUGAGUUCUGCUCCAGCACCACAGUCCCCUGAGGUAACUGAGUGCAGGACUGUGGCUCAGGCUCCUGCAGGUACUUGUGUCUUUGAGAGUGAUGUAGGUACUUGUGUCUUUGAGAGUGAUGUUGCUGCCAGUCCAGCACUGUCUGAAGUUUCUGUGGAGAGUUACGUCGCUGGGACGAGUUCUGCUCCAGCACCAGAUUCCCCUGAGGCAACUGAGAGCAAAACAUUGGCUGAGGCUACUGUAGACACUUGUGUCUUUGAGAGUGGUGUUGCUGCCAGUCCAGCACUGUCUGGAGUUUCUGUUCAGACUGUUGCCAGUGUUGUGAGCAGUGGUUCAACUGCAGAAACAACUGUUACUGAUGGCAGGAGGCGUAGGACUUCUCGUUACACUCGUUUGUUAAAGAAAUCAAAGCGCUACGAUGCUCCUGAGCUCAACGCUGAUGUGGAGUUUGUAGCUGCUGUGAGGACCGAGGAGCUGGUCUUCUGUCCUCUUGAUGUUGAUGUUUGUCGGACUUUGUGUAGCAGGUUUGAUGUUGACUUUGAGCGGAUCAGUGCUUCUGCGUCAAGCCGGGUUGGUUUGCUGGGUGUUCCUUGCAGGAAGGAGAAGGUAGUGGCUGAUGGGAACUGCUUCUUCAGAGCCAUCUCUCAGGCUGUGAGUGGCUCUCAGAAGCACCAUCGUAAGAUCAGACUGGCUGUCUGUAAACAGCUGGAGAAAGAGGCAGCUCAGUACCAGGGCUUGUUGAGAUCUGAGUUCUCCUCUGUCUCCCAGUACAUUCAGCAGUCUAGGAUGAGGUUUGUGGGUAGUUGGGCCACAGAGGUGGAAAUUCAGGUUACAGCUGACUGGUUAGGAGUUAGUGUGUGUACCUUCACCGAUGGACGCUGGUUGAAGUACGGUUGUAGCAGGAAGCAGUUGUCGCCACAGUGUAUUUAUUUGGAGAAUAUUGGUGGGACUCAUUUUGAGAAUGUUGUCUGUGUUUGUGAGCCUGGACUGGAGAGCUGUUAUGGCUACUGUAAAGUGAGUGAGGUGACUGGUUACAGCAUGAGGUCGAGGAUGGUGGAGGCUUUAGUUUUGGAUGUCGAUAGCUCACGAGUUGGAUGUGAGGUUUAUGACAGAAGCGUUUCUGAUGAGGGUAGACCAUUUGAGUCAAAGUGUCAGAAGCAGGAACAAUGGAAAAAGGAGAAGACUGGUAAAUUGCUCAAGAAGAAACGGAGAGUACAUUACAGGAAGAGAUUUCAUGAAGAUGUGAUUUUCAAAGAGAAGGAAAUUUCUAGGCUUGUUGAACAUUAUAGUAAAAAUAUAUCUUACAGGGACAAGGUUAAAGAGGCCAGUGUUCGUAAAUAUCAAGAAGACGUGCAGCACAGGGACAAGGUUAAAGAGGCCAGUGUUCGUAAAUAUCAAGAAGACGUGCAGCACAGGGACAAGGUUAAAGAGGCCAGUGUUCGUAAAUAUCAAGAAGACGUGCAGCACAGGGACAAGGUUAAAGAGGCCAGUGAGGAGUGUGCUGAGCCCUGUCAGCUGGUUCCUUCUAGAGGACACCUUUGGAUUUGCUACACCUGCCAUUCUAAGAUCAGUAAAGGUGAGACUCCAGCUGAGUGCUGGAUCAAUGACCUGCAGCUUGAUCCCAUUCCACCUGAACUGGGAUGCUUGCAUAGUUUAGAGCAGCACCUGAUUGCGUUGCAUAUUCCGUUUAUGAAGAUGUUGGCACUGCCAAAAGGAGGGCAGAAUGGAGUACAUGGACCGGUCACCUGUGUUCCAGCCAACAUUGUUCAGACCACGAACGUGUUGCCGCGGUCGAGUAUGGAAGGCUCUCUCUUACAGGUCAAGCUGAAGAGAAAGUUGACCUACAAGGGACACUAUGAGUAUCAGUUUGUGGAUACUCUACGUGUCCGGCAGGCGCUAGACUAUUUAAAGAGAACCAAUGUUUAUUAUAAAGACAUUGAGUUCAAUGACGACUGGGUCAAUGAAUUUUGUAGGCAGGAAGAUGGGGAAGAGGAAGAGGUUGAGUCAGACAGUGAGGAUGAGGCAGUGAAGGAGAAGGUUGACGUUCAGGUUGUUGUAGAGGGCGAGGCAGCCCAUCAGGAAGGUGGUGAGGUUCAUAAAAGGCCUGCAGUUGUUGUUGAGGAGGAAUCAGCAGACAUAAUUCAAGAUGAAAUGUUACAUGACAGACAGCAACACUGCAUGUUUCAGGACACUUGUCUUAUGCCUGUUGAUAUUGGUCAGGAGGCUCUAGACCAGUAUUUUGAGGACAUAGUCAAUGUAGCGCCUGCAGAGGGGAACAGUCCAGUCCGGAUGCUUUCUGAUGAUUCAAAUGAAGCUAAGUGUUUCCCCGUGUUGUUUCCUUUAGGACAGAAGACCUUCCAUCAUGUGCGGAGUCAUGCUUUGACGUUGUCGCGUUAUUUUAAUAACCGGAUCAUGCACGCUGAUGGCCGUUUUUCUCAGAAUGUUGAGUAUAUCUUUUUUGCUCAGUUCAUGUCUGAGAUGGACAGGGUGGUGUCCAGUGUUUCCGUUGCGCUGCGUAAGGGAAAAGGUGAUCAGGGUUCGGUGCAGAUUAGCCAGAGUAUGUUGCAGGACGAGGAGUCUCUGAAGCAGUUGUUGCAGUUUGACAAUGGUUUCCGGUUUCUGAAGCCUAUUAGAGGGACUCCUGCGUUCUGGCAGUCUGUGCAGAAGGACAUCUUUGCCUGUGUCCGUCAGUUAGGCAUCCCGACGUGGUUCUGUUCGUUUUCGUCUGCAGAUCUGCGCUGGCAGAACCUUCUGACCAGCAUCCUGAAACAGGAAGGCAGAGUGCAGACGGUGGAGGAUUUGGAGUGGGCAGACAGGUGUGAGUUGUUGAGGCGUAAUCCUGUGACUGCGGCCAGGAUGUUUGAUUACAGGUGGCAUUGUUUUCUGAAAGAGGUUCUCAUGUCUCCUUCUGAGCCAAUUGGCAGAAUCAUCGAUCACUUCUACCGUGUUGAGUUUCAGCAGCGCGGUUCUCCUCAUGUUCACUGCUUGUUCUGGAUCGAGGGCGCUCCUAAAAUUGACCAGAACACAGAUGAGGAGGUGGUCGAGUUUAUUGAUAAGUAUGUAACGUGUGAGCUGCCCUCAGACGACGACACAUUAUUGGACAUUGUGUCGUCGGUUCAAACACAUUCCAAACGACACUCAAAGUCUUGUCGGAAGAACAAAACAACAUGUCGUUUCCAUUUUCCAAAACCUGCUACUAUGCGUACAUUCCUCUGUAAGAUGAAGGAAUGUCGCUGUGACAAACAGAAGCUGAUGGAGGCCCAGAAGAAUCCUGAUUCAGAAAACAAGCUGGUCUGUAAGUGCUUUGAGAAGGAUCACCCGAUGAAGAAGGAGGUCGCAAAGGAGAUUUUGGCGUCUGUGAGCAAAGCUAUCAGGGAGGAGGAGCCGUUUGACAGUGUAGAGGAGUUGUUUGCCAGUCAACACAUCAACCAGGAUAUCUUUGAAACGGCCUACAGGAGGUUAGAGAAGAAGACCAAGGUUGUGUAUAGGAGAGGCUUGAAGGAGGUGUGGGUAAACCAGUAUAGCAAGAAGUUGUUGAAGUGCUGGAACGCUAACAUGGACCUUAGCUUUGUCACCGAUGCCUACGCUGUAAUUGUUUACAUCAUUUCCUAUAUUACAAAAGCAGAGAGAGAAAUUGGCCUACUAUUGAACAACGCCCAAAAAGAAGCCUCCAAAGAAGGAAACCUCUCUGCUCGAGAAGCCCUGAAGAAGCUGGGCAGUGUAUAUUUACACAACAGGGACGUUUGUGCCCAGGAGGCGGUGUAUAGGCUAACCAACAUGCAUCUGAAGGAGUGUUCCAGGAAGGUGGUGUUUGUUCCAACAGGGGACAACAUCGUGAGGAUGAGUUUACCCCUCCAUGUCCUGAAGGAGAGGGCGUCAUCACAUGAUCUGAGCUCAGAUGACAUGUGGAUGACCAGCAUAGUGGACAGGUACUGGAACAGGCCUGAUGGUGGUGUGUUUGACGGCAUGUGUAUGGCCACGUUUGCCUCGGAGUAUCGUGUUCUCACCAAGAACGAAAUUUCUCCAAACAGAAUCCAGUUGAAGAACGAAUUGGGCUUCAUCUUGAGGAGAACACGAUCUCAGUUUGCAGUUGUCCGCUACAUGCGUUUCAACUUGGACAAACAACGGGAGGCUUAUUUUCAGGGUGUGCUUCAGUUGUUCCUUCCUUAUAGAAGUGACUCAGAGCUGAAGCCCGAGGGCUUCCAGCUCUUUGAACAGUUCUAUAACGACGGUGAGGUGACGUUUGGCGACGGCUCUGUUCAUAGAGUCAAGGUGGUGGUGGAUGAGAACAGGGCCCAGUUUGAGAUCGAUCCUGAGAACCUGGAGCGUGCUGAGGAGAUCGCACACCAUGUCCACGGCCUUGAGGAAGACGCUUGGGGGGACCUGUGUCCUGAACAGGAGCUGGAACGCGACGAGUGUGCUGAAGAGUUGAGAGAGCAACAGGCAACAGAGAUAGCAGGUGAGCAGUUGGUGGAGGGUCUGGAGAACGUUCCAGAUCUGCAGGAACGUGGCCGACAGGUGGCCCAGUUAGAGAGAAACAGGCUGGUGUUGUCUCGUGCUGAGGGCUUAGCUCUAGUUAGGUCUCUGAAUGAGACACAGCAGGCUGUUUUCUACCAGGUGAGGCAGUGGUGUCUGCAGAAGGUGAGGGGUGAAAACCCACCACCUCUGCAUGUCUUUCUGACUGGGGGGGCGGGGUCGGGGAAAACGCAUUUAAUCAGGGCCAUCCAGUACGAGGCAGGGAGGCUGCUGUCAACACUUUGUGAUCAACCAGACGAGAUCUGUGUUUUGUUAACGGCUCCGACUGGAAUAGCUGCGUACAAUUUAAACGCAGCAACAAUUCACCACACAUUGAGCAUCGGCAAACAGUGUAGUUUACCUUACAUCCCUCUGGGUGAAGAUAAACUAAACUCUCUGCGCGCUAAAUUCCGUCACCUCCAAAUUCUAGUCAUUGAUGAGAUCAGUAUGGUGGAUCACCUUCUGUUGGCGUAUGUCCAUGGCCGCUUGAGGCAGAUCAAGCAGACUGGAGACUUUUCCCCGUUUGGUAACGUCAGUGUGAUCGCUGUGGGAGACUUCUACCAGUUGCCUCCCGUUAAAGGGAAGCCUCUGUAUAGCAGUCAGGUGGGUGUGGACCUAUGGUGCCACUUCAGUGUGGUGCAGCUGACCACGGUGGUGAGGCAGAAGGACAGCGUGUUUGCUGAGUUGCUCAACAGGUUGAGAGUGCGUUCCAGAGAUACCCCCAUGUUAGAGAGUGACGUCCACAUCCUGAAGAGCUGUGAGACGGGCGAGGAGAGCUCAGCCUUGCACAUUUUCCCCACUAACCGUAAAGUGAAUGAGCACAACUUGAAGCAGCUGUGUCGGACGUGUCCCGAUCCUGUGACCAUUGAAGCUCAGGACUUCAUGAACAACAGGAGCACGGGGAAGCUGGAGUUGAUGGCUGGGCAUCACAGUGCGGCGUUGGACACAUCCUUAGAGGAGACUCUGAGUCUGGGUCCGGAUGCCCGUGUGAUGCUGUGUAAGAACGUGGACGUGGAAGAUGGUCUGGUCAACGGAGCAUGUGGCACAGUCACUCAUAUCCAGUUGAGACAGGGUGACAGCUUUCCUCAGACAGUUUAUGUCAAAUUCGAUGAUGAGAAAAUUGGUUCCCAGAGGAGGAAAAAGCGCUCACAUGCUCCAGUGGCCUGCCGGCUUUCUACUGCCAUCGAUCCGGUGGAGGAGAAGGCCACCAAGCGUGGAGGUUUGCGUCGUCAGUUCCCUCUGAAGUUGGCCUGGGCGUGUACCGUCCAUAAGGUGCAGGGCCUGACGGUGGACCGGGCCGUGGUGUGUUUGGAGAAGGUGUUUGCGCCUGGCCAGGCCUACGUAGCUCUGAGUCGUGUGAGGGAUUUGUCUGGACUCAUCAUCAUGAACUUUAAAGAGAAGUCCAUUUACUGCAAGGACACCAUCAAGGAGGCCUUGGACAGGAUGCCUCCAUUUUUGAUUGAACAGCCACAACCUUCAUUAGACACGCCCACUCUGUCGGUGUAUCUAAUGAACGUUCAAAAUUUAAGUCGCCACCUGGUAGAUUUGGUGUCCUGCACACAGCAUUUGCAGCCAACCUGCAUUGCUGUCACAGAGACGUGGCUCACUGAACAGUCCUCACUAGACGGCGUCCAGAUUGACGGCUACUCUUUCCACAGCCGCCCUCGUGCUCUGUGUUACAGCAGCAGUCACCCCAAACUGUUAGAGCUGCAGGCUUUAGAACAUGGUGGAGUUGGUUUGUACAAGCUAGCAGAUUCGGACUGUGACAUCCUGCAGGCACGUGAUUUGGAUCUGGAGUGUUUGGUGUGCCUGUGGAACAAAUUCAACAUGGUGAUGGCAGUAAUUUAUCGUCCACCACGUUACCCAAAUUCCCUCUUCAAACACAACCUGCAGCGGUUGCUGCAUUGGCUUAAUCCAAUCAGUGACACCAUUGUAGUCAUGGGAGAUUUUAAUGAGAACAUUUUAACAGGGUCAUCAAUCAGCAAAUUAAUGGGAAGCAAAGGAUUUGAUCAGCUGGUGACACAAGCGAGCACAGAGAAGGGGACUCUGAUUGAUCACGUUUAUGUGAGAAGCAGACGGUUUGAUGUGGAAUGUGCAGUGAUGCCCACGUACUUCAGUGAUCAUGAAGGAAUUCUGUGUAGUUUCAGAGCUAGAGGUGACCAGGGGCAGCUGGAGGAGCUGGACAGGUGGUUUGAGCUAGAUGAUGUGGAGUUUGAGGAUGUUGAGGGGAUGUUUGAGGACGAAUUGGACUGAUUGAGUCAAACUGAGCUACGUGUCAGUGGGCCGAAGCAACUGUUUCUGUUUGUUGUUGUUGAUCAGCUGGUUUAUACAGGAAACUGAGUCAUUGUGCGGCGCUGCUGCUGUUGAGGGUUUUCCGUUAAAGCACUUUGUCUACCACUCCAAAUCUUGUUGUUAUGUAUCAUGUGUAUUUAUUGAAUUUUUUUUAACAAAUUUGUUGUGAUAUGACAUGAAAUGAGUUAUUGUGUAUGAAUUACGAGAUGGUCUUGUAGAUAUUUUGAUAUUUAACUUAUUGACAAGUUCCAGGUUGAACCUGUGGAGAAUAUCGUUUGAUCAAUGAAAUCAUGUAUUAAUUAAUGUCAGUGGAAUCAUGGCUCUGUACUGUCUGCAGUUCUUGGUGUCUCUCUGUGGUUCUGUUUCUGUGUUGUUCCAGGUGUGCCUCUGUGGUCCUGGACCUGGUCUUUGUGGUUGUAGGUGUAACUUUGGUUCCAAAUGUGGUUCUAGGCUUGGCUCUGUGUUGUAGUUGGUGCUCUGUGGUUCCAGAUGUGUCUCCAGCUGCAGGUUCCCUGGUUCCAGAUGUCAGUCUCUGUUUGCCAGUCCCAGCUGUGCUCUGUGAUCCACCUUUUCUUCUUUUCUUCCUGAUGUUUUGCUUCAGAGUUCAUCAGUCUUCACUGAGGUUUGAUGUGUAAAAUGUUAUUGAACUCCAGUCUUUUAAAGGAUUUACAGUCAGUCACUGAUGAGACAUUAAUUUUCAUCUCCAACAUGUUCUGAAUGAACACAUCAGGAUCAGGAAGAGUUUCAGUGCAAUAACUGAACUGUAAAUAUGUUAUUUGACACAAUGUUGUUUUGAUUGGCCUGACGUGUAGUUAUAUUAUAGAUGUUGUUUGUACAAAUGUUGCUGUGUUCUCUGUCUCUGUCUCUGUCUCUGUCUCUCUCUCUGUCUCUCUCUCUCUCUCUCUCUCUCUCUCUCUCUCUCUCUCUCUCUCUCUCUGUCUCUCUCUCUCUCUCUCUCUCUGCCCGACAGUCUCAGGCAUGCCAGUUUAAAAGAAAACACCAAUGAUGAUCACUGGUGCUCUGAGCUCACUGUUGAUGGAGUCUCUGAGAUGGCGAUGGUGGAGUGAGAAGAAAAUGUGAAUCUGAGGUGUUUUCAUCAUGUUUUAAACAUUGGUCAUAUCUGAGCAGCCAAGCAGACUCUCUCCUCUGUUCUCCUCUUGUGUGUCUCUAAUCUGUGUCAUUGAAUCUCCUGAAUGGAGAAUCAGUGAAGGUGUUUACUGCAGGUGUCUGUUUGCUUUGUUCUCUCCAGGUGAACCUUCUGGUUGAAGAUGCUGCUGUGUGUCCAGCUGAUAGCACUGUGGAGGACACACUACCACUUUGAUGUUCCUGGUGGACAUUAUUUCCUGGACAUGGGCACUGUGGAGGACACACCACUACUUUGAUGUUGCUAGAGAGCAUUGUUUCCAGGGCAUUGUAUAAAGUCUUAAAUUUACUGACAUUUUCAACACAAGAUUUUUUAGGUGUGUGGGUAGGUUACUUUCUGAAUGUAAACACAGUAAAGUUUGAUUACUGAUUACCUCUCAAUUUUCAGUUGAACUUUCAAUUUAUAAUUAAGCUAAUGAAUUUAAUCUAACUCACAAUGUGUGUUAGUUUUUAGAUAAAUCAUUGUGAUGAGGUAACCUGUGAUGAUCAAUAAAGUGUUAAGUGUUGACUGUAAAAUGUUGUCUGUCUAUAAAUCAAUGAGGCGUUUCCUCUGUCGUGGAGCUCAGGUCAGCUUACAGUUCUGGUACUUCACUGAGGAC